AUGCCCCUCCAGCCUGACGCUAACCCCAAUCGGGCGGUGUGCGGGCUCUUCUCCAAAGUAAACAAUCAACCUGAACCACAACACUUGCCCGCCCACUUUGCGACUGAACCCCUUGCCUGGUCGAUAGGCACAUCUGAUAGCAUGUCGCGCAACUCUAUCGCGAUGGGGUACAACAACCGCAUGAGCUCCCAAUUCCAAGGUACCCAACAUCAGGGCCGUGGUCGCAAGAAGGAAGAUGAGAAUGAUGCUCUGAUGCGCUUGGUGAGCUUACCCCUUCGUCGGAGCGCAUUUGACCAUACUGACUGUGUUCAGCCUGAUAAAGAGAUCGCAGGAUGUAUCAACGAUAUCGGAAUCCCCUUUACCCUAGCCGACCUGGCCAAGCCAAAUGCCCAGCAGAUCCAGAUGGUCUUCGAAUGGUUCGCGGAGCUACUCAUGAACACGACCAAAGAGACAGUAGAACCCGCUAUGCACGCAGCUGCGGAAGAGAUAUGUGGCGACUACCCCGACAUUGUCCCCAAUGACACCCGCAAUCUCAUGGGUUUCUUUAUGAUGCUUCGGAAGCUAUUGGCUGAGUGCGGUGUCAACGACUUUACUUUCACAGAUUUAACAAAACCAACACACGAACGACUUGUCAAGAUAUUCUCGUAUUUGAUAAACUUUGUUCGAUUCCGCGAAUCACAAACACCGGUUAUCGAUGAACACUUUAACAAAACCGAAAAAACAAAAUCACGCAUCGACGAAUUGCUCGCAGAGAAUCAGGAAAUGGAACUCCGCUUAAGCGAGAUGCGACAAGAUCUACAAUCCAAUGAAGCGCAUGUGAGAGAAAAAGUGGCCCGGAACGAUGCGCUCAAGGCCCGUUUAUUAGAGCUUGGCCGAGAGCAGUCGCGAGUUGCGGAGACACUUGACCGUGUUAAGACGGAAAGAGCGCGUCGACAGCAACAGUUGGAAGAAAAGACCGAGCGAACCGUGCGUUCGCGACAAGAAGCAGAGAAAUUACGACCUUACGUGCUUGAAUCCCCGGCAACGCUUCAGUCAUCCUUGGCGGAAUUAUCUGAACAUUUGGUGCGCGAGAAAAGCUCUAUCGAUGUAAUGGAAAGGCGAGCGCGGGCGCUCCAGACCUCCUCAGACACGUUCACUGUCGUUUCCAACGACGUACAAGCGUGUGUCAAGUUACUUGAUGACAUUUCAGCCGAGCUUCAAAAAGAGGAGGAGGAAGAGUCCCGCGCUGCUAGGACAACGGAAGCUAUCUCAGACAGGGGAAAUAGCGUCCGCGAAGUUGAACAGACCGAGAAGCUCCUGCAACGUCAAUUGACGCGCUGGGUCGAGCGUAUUGAGUUGCUUCAAAAGAAUGCACAGGAGAAAGCGGAGACUGCGCAGGAACGCAUGGAAGAGCUCCGCAACAUUCAGAAGCAACUCCGCGAGGAGCGUGCCGAGAAGCAACGUGAUAUGGAGCGGAGGCGCAUCCGUAUUGAACAAACAGAGAAGAAGAUGGUCGACCUUAAAGAAAACAUUGAGGGCGAGAUCCAAUCCGCGCACGACCAGUAUUUGAAACUGGAAUCACACAUCAAACUGUACAUGACAGAGAUGGAGAAAUCUCUGUGA